UGAAGGAAUAAAGUCAACAGGAAGCUGUCGCCAAAAAACGUCCUUGUUCCAAGUUAGUGCUACUGAUACUAACUAAAGUACUCUACUCAAUUAUUUUCGAGUUCGCUUAAUAUUGCGCUAAUGUCGGGUAUCGAUUAUUCAAAGUGGGAUCACAUUGUAGCGAGCGAGUCUUCUUUCGGAAGCGACAUCAGUUGCUCUAGCUGCGUUGAAGAUGCGCGAUAUUCUGAUUUAAAAAGGGAUAACGGCGUGGAAAACUAUUCUGGAAAACCUUACAGCGAAAAUGAAGGAAAUCGAAAACCACGCGUUGUCAAACUUUCGCAGCCUUCUCGUGUAAUGAUCGGCCCUGGAGGAGUACAGCUUUCGACAGGUUCUGAUGGGUACCCGAAGGCGAUGGCAUCUCCUUUUCAAAGCGAGCCGUCGAAGGGCGCGAAGCAAAACGAGACAAGUGAUCAAAACCAACAGCUGUGCUCUUCCAAUCCGAAUGACGCGCCUUUUCACCCCCCUAAAGUGCCCACUUCCUGUGAAACGGAGGAAAUGAAAAAAUGCACCGGGGGUGAUAAUAAAGACGCAGGGGAAGAGGAGGAGGAGAAUGAUGAGGAAAUUCUCUAUCGAAAUCUUACCUUAAAUGGAGGUCGAGAGGGCGAUAGCCACCUAUGGGCACAAACGGAUGAUACUUUAACAGUGAGCUUUAUCGUCCCCAUGGAUACACGCGGCAAAGUAGUGAAGCGCCUUUGCAUCUACAACAAGGAGGGUUCCCAUGAGCGUGAGUCGGCCGCCAACGAAGAAGCUGAUGAGGAAAAAGAGAAGGAUAUAAGUAAGAACAACGAGUUCGUAAGCGCCUCCACAAUAAUGCGUACACAAAUUUCCAUUUCUUUUGCAUCUCCGCAUCCCCUCGGGGAACUUCGCCAGACGUUUUCUUAUCGCAUUAAAACCGACGAUGAACUUUUGGAGGGGUGUUGGGAGCUUCUGACGUUGCCAAAGCGUGAGCUACGGGUGCUUGUGGUUCAUCUUUUUAAAGAAGCCAUUGGAGCAGGGAUUACCUUCUGGUGGGAUCGCUGCUUUGUAUCGGAUAGUACAUCGGUGGUGGAUACGCGAGCCCUUGCGAGCCGCCGCGAUACCCCUUCCACGGCCGCGUGUAAAUCUGAAAAAGCUGAGGUCUUUCAGAAGGUCUGGAAAGAGGCCCACGAAAUGUUUCAAGACAAGAUGAAGCAGCGCUGCAAAAAGUAA